CUUUAAACAACGACAAUGCUUGAAAGUUUCACGAUCAGCACCAAUUUGUGGUACUGGUCGAAAUGGAGUACCACGUGAACAACUAAACGAGAAUACAGCAUUUAUUGAUGGUUCAGCAUUGUAUGGAUCAUCUUUUAAAGAUUUACACAAAUUUCGCCAAGCAAGAACUGGUUUCCUACGAAUGAACAAGUUUAACAAUCAAAUG